GCAACGACGAGAGGCUGGGUUUGCGACAAGACAUUCUCCCGAUCACAUUUCUCAACAUCCAACGUAUCCCUCCACACGAGUCGCCACUCAUAAAUCACAAUUCACAAUGGCGCUUCCCAGCUCCAGGCCAAAGCUGCCCGUCGCAGUCGAAAAGCCCACUCCCUACACCUUCGACCUGGGCCACCUCCUCGCCGAGGACCCCAACCCCGUGGACCUCGACAAGACCGACCUCGAGCAGUCCCUCGCCGAGCUCGCCCGCGACGGCGCCCAGUCCCUCAUCAACCAGCUCCUGACGACGUGCCCCCUCAGCUCCACCACAGAGGGCGUGCUCCUCUCCCUCCCCGCCCCGAGCACCCGUCUCCCGCGCGAGAAGCCCGUCCCAGAGGCCAAGCCCCCGACAAAGUGGGAGCGCUUCGCCGCCAAGAAGGGAAUCAAGCCCAAGACGCGCGAGCAGCGACGCAACCUGGCCUACGACGAGGAGUCUGGCGAGUGGAAGCGCAAGUGGGGUUACAAGGGCCUGAACAAGAAGGGCGAGGACGACUGGCUGGUCGAGGUCAACCCCGAGAAGGAGAUGAACAGGAAGGAGGGCACCAGCGUGAGGGGCGACGGCCGAAGAGAGCGCAAGGAGAAGGUCAAGCGAAACGAGCGCAUGAUGCGCAAGAACGAGAGGGAUGCCGUCAGCAAGUCCGGCGGCAAGAAGAAGAGAGCCUAGAGGGGUGGCAUAUCAAGUUGAGGGUGAUGGAGCUGAUAUAUGGUUCUGCAAUUGCUGCUGUUGAGCAUAGACGGCGUUCAGGAUUGGCGUUACGAAUCGGCAUCAAAAAGCUAGUUACACACACAGUCUGGGUGGGAGGUUCAAGACAAUCGACUUGUUUGGGUGGAAUAA